AUGAGUGGCGUUUCUGGUGUUGGGCGAGCAGGGGAUUUUGGACCUCUGUUGACAGACUUUGAGCGCGAUGCAAAAUUCUGGUCGCAGCAACUGGUGACGGCGGCAGUUGAACGCAGUACCAAAUUAGAAUCGCAGCACUUCACUCGGAAUGCCCGGCGUGGAAUUACGCAGCUCCCGUCGAACACAAAUUGCGUACGGGAUGUGGCGCUGCACGUGUGGGGGGAACUCGGCUUCUUUACAGUUCCUCCUCUUGAGGAAGAACAGGUGGAUUUGAGGGCGUGCAGACCGAGGGAAUGUAAUGGUGAGAAAAACGCCAGUGCUCCAGAUGAGGACGUGCUGAAAUUUGUUUCUGCACUCGAAGGGCACUACACCCAAAUACUGAAGGGUGGGGAAAUGACACUCGACGACGAGGAUGGUCAGACUUGCAAGAAGGUCCAAGGUGUUGGGUUACCGCAGCAACUCCGCUGCCAUGAACUUCGAAAUGGCGUUUGGAGGGUGCUUUUCAACGCUGUGUUUUACUGUGUAGCAGCAUCAGGAAACCAGGUCUUGUUUCCAUCACUGGAAGAGGCAUCACCCUCACAUGCAUCAGCACGCUCAAACUCCAGUACGUUGUGUGACAAUGGAGACGAGAGACAGUCGCGCCUGGGUGAGGGGAGUGACGAGGAGCGUAGUGACCAAACUGUCGAUUUUCCUAUAAAGCUUCAGUGGCAGUCGUACCAAACUGUUAACGAAGCGGUGAGGGGUGCGAAUCAGCGUGGGCAACGGGGAAGGGUGAGUAGUAGUGUCGAUAUCUCGGAAUCUCCUGCUCCGCAAGAAUUACCGACUCCCCUAAAAACUGCAACCACCUCAAUGUUUCGGCAACCACGCCGACAAGAAGACUCCACUCGCCCCUUGCGUGGAACCAAGGUUUCAUUUGCUAGCAUGUUACAGAACCCACUUCCCAUAAUCGCAUGGCGCUUCAUACUACACACGCUAUCUCAGUUAGGCUACAGAAGAGAUGCUUUUUAUGUUCAAACUCCGCUACACGCCUCCCUUGACGAGUUGAUGUUGGCCUUGUUAUGGUUGACGAGGGAAUAUCAGCUCGUGGCAACAGCCGAACACGUUAACAUUCACUUUGCAUACCCCUUCUUGCUGGAAUGGUGCCGUAAUGGGGAUGAGUAUGAAAAAAAAGGCGGCUUUGGAGAGAUAUCACCAACACUGAGCGGUACGGUGGGGUCGUUGGGUGAGGGCUUCUCCACUAAAUGUGGUUCUACCGAUGUGGCUAAACAACACUACGGUGAUGUGUUGCUGCACUCGUUUCCUGCUGCGGUGCCAUGGCCUCCUGCUUCGUUUUUGGAACAGGAAGACAUUGCGUACCGCUUGCACCAACAAGCGCGGAUCAUUCCCGCGGCUGGCGGUGAGUUGGCUGACACUCCGCGUCGACCAGUAGACCUUUCACGGCAACUGCUCUCCGUGCGGCGCCUCAUCGAGUUGUCUGUUAGCCGCCUUGAGCAUGUCCUCCACCAGCGGGCUGAGCAAAUUUCUGCAAUGGGUUUACACUCCGACCUUGAUUUGCAGUUGUGUCACCCUGCCAUACAUGAUACUUACUGUAGGCUGUGCUGCGGAUUGAGACACAUGCUCGGUUUGGAGAAAAGGUUGCGGGACGUAACAGAGCAACUUGCACGGUUUGGCUCCCUUGUUGCUUGGUCGCUAAGUCACGUCAAUCGUUGCGGUGAUGGUUGUUGUGUCUACGACGAUCUUCGCAACGCCAAAGGUGUGGUGGAGGCUAUGGAAAAUGAUGAAGUUGAGGCGUCGAGUGCCUCUUCUCUACCAUCAAAUUAUCCGCUGCAAAAUGCGUUCAAUAGCUUUCGCGCCACGCACCGACUCGAGCAGCUGCACGAGAUGUCGGCGUUCUUCCGCCGGAGUGCCAAAGUGAACAACAGCCGAACUCCCCAGGAUGAUGUGGCGUUGCGAACUAAGGUGCAGCACAACAUGAAGGCUCGGUACUCCCUCAAGGCGGCACUCAGCGCGGAGCUGAUGGCAAUGGUAGAGGCGAAUAACUCAGGUUGCAGGGGCAGUGGCCAUGACGCGACGUCGCUGAAAUCCAGGAUGCCGCUUCUCAGGUCGUUUGAUCUCGCAACUACGUCAGUGAAUACCAGGAGUGGGAAUGAUACCUGCGGUGACCAAACAGAUACUGGUAGCGCAUUUGCCGGCGCCAGUAUUGAUGCUUUUAUUGCAUUCCACUCCACUCGUAGAGCGCAGGCGGCGGUGGUGGGUACACCAGCGAGUGGAGGGACAACGUCUGCACGACUUGAGGCCGAACGACUGAGAGAAGUGAAACGUCAGUUGCCGACUGUCCAUGAAACUUGUGAGGAGGUGCGUCAGUUACUCCACGCUGCCACGCGGACGCUACACCACCACAAACUACGUAUUGUACCACCCAUUAGUAAAGCUCAACCGUGUUUGUAG